GGGCCGGUGAGAAAGGUAAAGGGUCAGAGGUACCCAGGUGUCAUGGCGGCCCAUGCUCUGGCGCUGGGCUGGGGUCCGCUCCGCCUCGGCUCCAGUGGCUGCCUUCGUGGCCGCACGCCCCGGGGCCCGAGUGCCCGCGGGAGUGGGCUUCCGGCUCCCGUGGUUUUGGGACGAAGCGCGACCGCGUCCAGCCGGACCGAAGCCCCCGGCAGUGACCUGUACUGCGUGGAGCUGCUCCGGAAACGAGACUAUGAAGGAUAUUUAUGUUGCCUGUUACUGCCUGCAGAAGCCCGAAGCUCUGCUUUUGCAUUGAGAGCCUUCAAUGUGGAACUGGCUCAGGUUAAAGACUCAAUCUCUCAGAAAACGAUUGGCCAAAUGAGAAUGCAGUUUUGGAAGAAAGCUGUGGAAGAUAUAUAUUCUGGCAGUCCACCUCAUCAGCCAGUAGCCAUUGAACUGUGGAAGGCAGUCAAGAGACAUAAUUUAACUAAAAGAUGGCUUAUGAAAAUCAUUGAUGAAAGAGAAAAAAAUUUGGAUGACAAAGCAUAUCAAAACAUCCAAGAACUAGAAACAUAUGCUGAAAACACACAAAGUUCCCUUCUUUACUUGAUGCUGGAAGUAUUGGGUAUAAGGGACCUCCAUGCAGAUCAUGCUGCAAGUCAUAUUGGGAAAGCACAAGGCAUUGUCACGUGUUUGAGAGCAACGCCCUAUCAUAUUAGUAGACGAAAGGUGUUUCUUCCCAUGGACAUUUGCAUGCUGCAUGGUGUUUCACAAGAAGAUUUUUUACGUAAGAACCAAAAUAAAAAUGUGAGGAAUGUAAUUUAUGAUGUUGCCAGCCAGGGACAUCUUCAUUUAAAACAGGCCAGAUCCUUCCAGAAGAGUGUUCCUGUGAAAGCAUUUCCUGCUUUUCUUCAGACGAUCUACUCAGGACCUUUUCCACUGUGGUUCAACUCUUCAAUCUGGAAGUUCACUCCAGCCCUGGAAUUCACACGCUGGAAGGUCCCUCUCCCUGCUUGGACUGCUCCUCCCAGAACCUCCAUUUAAGAAGAGUACUCAGGCCAGCCACAUCUCUCUUCCCCAGGCUACACGCUGAACUUUCUCCACCAUGUCUGUGCACAAGGUACCUUUGUCCUUCCUCCCACCCCCUUCAGCUCACUUCAAUGGGUUGUUUUCCUUCAUUGGAAUGGCAGCUUCUUGAGGGCAGGGGCUGUUUUUUCUUUUUGGUUGUAUUUGAUUCCUUGUGCUUUGCA